AUGAAUUCCGAUUCAGACCAAUAUCGGGGCGCCACUGGCGAAAGUCGCACCACCCUGGUUUCCAAGAUGGUCGCGGCUGCUCAUGAACCGGAUCCCGCAGACUCCGCAGACGAGCAUUCGCAUUCGAAUUCCCAAGGGGCAAAGAUAGAAGCCGAAUUGAUGACCGAGGAGGAUGCGCUGAAAAACCUUACAGAAACAGUUAGGGAUCAAAACGACGUGGAACGAGAUAUCACUAUUCAAGCUCAAGCUGCUCUCGUCGAGGCAGAAGACAAGAAAGACCAGGGUCGCAUUACUAAACUAGAAGCAACGAGACAAAGACUGCAGUCACAGCACGACAACGAAAAGAAGCGCCUAGAGAGAGUUGCCGGCAAUCCCUAUCAGUCUCGCAAUGUGCAAAGAGAAAUUGCAAAGCUGGCAGAGGAACUUGCUCGAGUUUCGAGCGAUAUUUCCGACUUCCAAGCAAGGAUAGACAAGCGGCACCAGGAGGAACUUUUAGACAACACCAGUCAGGCCAAGUCGAAAAGACUUCCGGGGGAGAAUCACCGAGACUAUCUCGUACGAACCGGCAAGAUCACGCCGUUUGCCAGAAUCGGCGGACCUCGGCCUCAAGGAAUAGAAGGUCAGCUUGCUGAUACCCUUCUGCAAGCUGAAGAAGAAGUAGCCGCCGAGCAGCUGGGCCAGGACGAUCAAGGACCAAAGUCACAUCAGCUCUUGAGGCGGCCAGGCUUUUCUGACGAAAUCGCUACAAGCGAUUCAGAAAUCCCGGGGAAUUCCAUAGCGAGCGAGUUCUCCUUGAGACCUCGCAAGAAACAGAGAAGGGAACGACGGCGAAGUCCUUCUGCGGAUUUUCAACCGGAUGAGUCAUCGGAUUCAGGGUCGGCCAAUUGGGCUUUAUGGCAAGAGGGCAACGAGGACGACCUUUUGCGCCAGGAACGUCGCAAGGCAAAAAGCAAAGCGAUAUCCAGUGAUAAGGCCGGGGAUGUUGUCGACUUGAGCAACUUUGACGACGGCAACGAGUUUCUGUACAAGCGACGAUUGAAAGAUUGGGUAUCGAGGCGAGCUCGGGCAAGGCGAGCUCGAAGGCGAAGCGCGGGUAGCGACAGCGCUUUGCUGGAGAGCGAUGAUGAUGAGCAUGAGUGGUUCAAGCCAUCCCCUGACCAUGGUGAUCAUCAUGUCGAUGACCACUUAAGACUACCCGGAGACAUACACCCCUCUUUGUUUGGAUAUCAAAAAACCGGAGUUCAGUGGCUCGCAGAAUUGUAUAAGCAGCAUGUCGGAGGAAUCGUUGGUGAUGAAAUGGGCCUCGGCAAGACUGUCCAACUUAUUGCCUUUAUUGCUGCAUUGCAUUACAGUGGGAAGCUGAAGCGCCCGGUCAUUGUGGUAACACCAGCUACCCUUCUGCGACAAUGGGUAAGCGAGUUUCACCGCUGGUGGCCGCCGCUUAGAGUCUCCAUUUUGCAUUCUUCAGGCAGCGGCAUGAUGAAUCCUACUCUGGAAGACGAGUAUGAUGUCGAGCACUACCAGCCAGUCGCGCACAAGUCAUUGUCAGCGGCAAGAGCCAUCAUAAAGGCGGUAGUAGACAAGGGCCAUGUCCUCGUGACCACUUACACAGGACUGCAAACAUAUGCAGAUGAGCUGCUACCUGUUGAGUGGGAUUACGCCGUACUUGACGAAGGACAUAAGAUCCGAAACCCCAACGCAGAAAUCACUGUGACUUGUAAAGAGCUGAAUACGCCGAACCGGGUGAUACUCUCUGGCACUCCAGUGCAGAAUAACUUGACCGAGCUGUGGUCUUUGUUCGACUUCAUAUACCCCAUGCGGUUAGGCACGCUGGUCAAUUUUCGAACACAAUUCGAAAUCCCCAUCCGCCAAGGUGGUUACGCCAAUGCCUCCAACCUUCAGGUCAUGACCGCCGAGAAAUGCGCCGAGGCUCUCAAAGAAACCAUCAGCGAAUACCUCCUCCAGCGCCUAAAAGUGGAUGUGGCAGCUGACCUGCCCGAAAAGACUGAGCAAGUGUUGUUCUGCAAACUCACCAGCGGUCAGCGAAAGGCCUACGAAACGUUUCUCGCCUCUGACGAAGUCUCGGCUAUACUGAAUAAAAGACGUCAAUCACUCUAUGGCAUCGAUGUUCUUCGCAAAAUUUGCAACCACCCAGAUUUAUUGGACAAAAGCUUGAGCAAGAAGGCCGGAUAUCGCUAUGGAAGCCCAAACCUCUCGGCCAAACUGCAGCUCACCAAAGAUUUACUUCAGAAAGUAAUGAUACCGAACGGCCACAAAACUCUGGUAUUCUCGCAAGGAAAGCUGAUGCUCAACUUGAUAGAGAAGUGCAUUCGCGAGUGCGAAAUCAGCUACGUCCGCAUGGACGGCGAAACACCAGUUGAUCAGCGACAGCCCAUGAUUGAUAGGUUCAAUACUGAUCCUUCCAUUCAUGCCUUCCUAAUGACCACUCGAACUGGUGGCUUGGGAACGAACCUGACUGGCGCGGAUCGUAUCAUCAUUUUUGAUCCUGACUGGAACCCAUCGACAGAUCUACAGGCCCGCGAAAGAGCUUGGAGGUUAGGGCAGAACAAGCCAGUAAAAAUAUACCGACUGAUGACCGAGGGCACCAUUGAGGAAAAGAUAUACCACAGGCAGAUAUUCAAGCAGUUCAUGACAAACAAAGUACUCAAAGAUCCGAAGCAGAGGAGCUCGUACGAUUUGUCUGACUUGUAUGAUUUAUUUACUUUCAACACUGACCAAGAAGCGGCUGCGCAGCGUAGCGACGUGUUCAAAGGAGCAGAAGUCAACAUCACCGCCCGCCGUCAAUUGGCAGACGCAGAAAAGCACCAUGCUUCUCCAAUAGGCCGCGCUGGACUCGAGGAAGAUGCUGAACGCCGAGAACUCCAACAGAUGGACUUGCUGGCUGCCGUGGAAGACUUCAAGGAGGAGGACUCAGCCCACGACGAGAAACGUAUGCUCGAGGGUAUCUUUUCGCGUUCCGUCAACAGUGCCUACGACCAUGAGCAAAUUGUUAAUGGGCCUCAGAAAGUCAAAGCUGACAUGAGUAUUCUAUCUCACGAAGCGAAUCGUGUAGCGCGUCAGGCCGCUGCUCACCUUCGGCAUGCCGCAGAGGAAGCCCGUCAAUUGCCAAUCGGCACUGUUACAUGGACAGGCGAGGUUGGGUCUGGUGGGCGCCCGGGCGGCGGCAGACGUCGUACCGGUCCAAGUUCUGCUGCUGUCAUGAGUAACUUGGCAAGCCGACAGGGCUUGGACAGCGAAAGUGCCAGUAGUUCACGAUCCAGAACCCCUGGGGCUGAAAGGAAUCUGAAGGCUAAAGAUUUCGUAUCAAUGAUUCAAGUUUUCAUCAACAGACACGGCGGACGUGUUCCCAGCAAAAUGUUGGUAGACCAUUUCAACACAUAUUGCCCCGGGAAAAAACAAAGCGACGAGUUUAAAUCAGCUCUUGAUCGAGUCGCAAUCCUCAACAAGGCUGGUGGCGCAGGCCGAGGUAUGUGGACAUUAAGACCGGAUGUGAAGUAA